CUGCAUUCUGAGUUCCCCAUAAAUACCUUUCCCCUCUUGUUAGCAGUUGUUCUCGUCCAUGGCCAAAUCACCCACUAGCCAAGAAUGAGAUUCUAUCUUCAGCCCCUCCACCCCUCUCCCUACUUUUCUCUGUAAAACCUAAACCAGCCUCUGAAGAUAAGCAUCAUCUCUGCUCAAAAUUUUUGGCAAUGGCUCCUUCCAGACCCCUGCUAUGUUUCUUGUUCAUCUCUACGUUCUUGGCAUUCUCAUCUUCUUCUCCGGUGUCUAUAUCUUUUACACCGCAAACCCUGUCUAAAUCUGGAGAUGUGGUUAACAUCCAGUGGGCUGGCAUCGAGAUGCCUUCUAAUCUCGAUUGGCUUGGUAUCUACUCACCUCCCGAUUCCACAGAUGACAACUUCAUUGGCUACGUCCACUUAUCCACCUGCGACAAUUGGGAGACGGGUUCUGGUUCCAUCGAUCUCCCUCUAGUCAACAUCCGAUCUAAUUACGAGUUUCGGAUCUUCAAGUGGAUGGUGGAGAAGGAUGCCAAUGUGUCCCAUCCCAACGAUGACAGCAACCCUUUGCCCAUGACAAAGCACUUAUUGGCCAAGUCUGAGGAACUAAGUUUCGAGAGUGGUCAUGGGCCAGAGCAGAUACAUCUGUCUUUUACAGAGGAGGAUGACGAGAUGAGGGUUAUGUUCAUUACGCCCAGAGGGGAGGUGAACCAUGUGAAAUAUGGCGAGGAUGAAGAUAACUUGGAUAAGGAUGCAGUGGCAGAAGUAAAGAGGUAUCAACAGUCAGACAUGUGCCAUUCUCCUGCAAAUGAUAGUAUUGGCUGGAGGGAUCCUGGGUUUGUUCAGGAUGCAAUCAUGAAAAACUUGAAGAAAGGAAGGAGAUACUACUACAAGGUAGGAAAUGAUGGGGGAGGAUGGAGCGAAACCCAGAGCUUUAUGUCACGGGAUGAAGACUCAGAGGAGACAACUGCAUUCAUAUUUGGAGACAUGGGGACUGCAACUCCAUACACAACCUUUCGGAGGACACAGGAGGAAAGCAAAUUAACCAUGAAAUGGGUCCUCCGAGACAUUGAAAAUCUUGGCGACAAGCCCGCCUUUGUGUCUCACAUCGGAGACAUCAGCUACGCAAGAGGCCACUCUUGGCUGUGGGACACAUUCUUCACUCAGAUCGAACCUGUAGCAAGCAAGGUGCCAUACCUGGUGUGCAUUGGCAAUCACGAUUAUGACUGGCCCUCACAGCCAUGGAUACCAGACUGGGCUCAAACCAUUUACAAGAGGGACAGUGGUGGCGAGUGUGGAGUCCCAUACAGCUUCAGGUUCAACAUGCCCGGGAACGCCUCGGUGCCAACAGGAACAGACACUCCACCCACAAGGAAUGUUUACUACUCUGUCGAUGUUGGAGUUGUGCAUUUCUUGUAUAUAUCGACUGAGACCAAUUUCCUUCCAGGAGGCGAGCAAUAUGACUUCAUCAAGCAAGAUUUGGAGAGGGUUGAUCGGCAGAAGACACCAUUUGUGGUUGUCCAAGGCCAUCGCCCCAUGUACACAACAGGCAGCAAUUUCAAGGAUUCUCUAUUGAGAGAGAAAAUGCUGGAAAACUUGGAGCCUGUGUUUGUAAAGCACAAGGUGGACCUUAUUCUCUGGGGACAUGUCCAUAGGUAUGAGAGGUUCUGCCCCAUGAAGAACUUCACCUGCGGAGAGGGUUUGCCUCUGCAUGUUGUCGUUGGAAUGGGGGGACAAGACUGGCAACCCGUUUGGGCACCACUGGUCGACCAUCCCAAGGACCCAAUUUUCCCGCAGCCUGAUCUAUCUCUGUACCGUUCCGGCGAGUUUGGUUACACCAGGCUUCAUGCUACAAGGAAGAAGCUAACGCUUACUUAUGUUGGAAACCACGACGGAGAGACCCAUGACAUGGUGGAGAUCCCUGCACCAGAUGCAGCUGUGAGUGCCUAUGGAGAAGAGAGAAUCAGAGUAGCUCCUGCCCAAGACACAGAUGACGCCGGUGAGCCGGUGAAAACCUCCGUGUUUGUGAAGAAGGCUGUCAGCGGUGGUGCUGCUGCUAACGUGGGGGAGCCUGCAUUGCCAUGGUAUGUGAAAGUGGGGAGUAUGUUGGUCGUUGGGGGCUUUGUGGGUUGCCUUUUUGGGUUCAUAUCUCGGGCCAGAAGAGAGGCUGCCGCUGGUUCGAGGAUGGUCUGGAGUCCUAUAGAUUCUAGCGUAGGUUGUGAGGAUGUGUGAGUUCACGUUACGUGACACAUGCGGUUGGGUUUGGGUUGGUGAUUUCAUUUCAUUCAUUGGCAACUGGUUUUUCCUUGAUUGUUUAGUUUGGUUGGCUUUUAGAUUAUUGGUUUUCAU